UAUGAAAUAGGGUAUUCAUGAAAUAAUGCAGAACGAUUACCUAAUCGGGGAGUUCCGAGGUUGGCCUAGUCUAUUGUUCUUUUUUCUGAUUCCGUUAAUACAAUUUUCAAUUUCAUACUAAACCCUAAAGACAUGGAUGAGUCUACAUUUUUAUCAAGGGUUCGAGAAGGCACAGCAACUGUUGAAGACUUAAAUGAACUGAUUUCAAUAAAUGGAGAUGUAAAUGCCAUUGAUCCCUUUGGCAAUAGUGCUCUUUUGUACUUAGCUUCAAAUAGGAACAGUGAGAAUAGAAACAGUGAGUUAUUUACAUCAUUGGUAAGAGCAGGAGCAAAUGUAAACUUCAAGAACAAAGAUGGAUGGACUCCGCUAAUGAAAGCAGCUGCAAACAACAAUGUUGAAUACAUUAAGUGUCUUGCCUUAAACGGAGCUCACAUGAAUAUAACUACAUUUCAACAAGAAACAGCAGUGACAAUUGCAGCAGUAAGAGGCAACAAACCUGCCCUGGAGGCUUUGUUGCAGCAAGGUGCUUGCAAGUACCACGAGGCUAAGCAAUUCACUGUCAUCAAUUUACCAACAUUAGCUCUUGCAAUUUUCCAAGGGAGUAACUUGGAGUCAGCUGUAAAGGAUACAGCAGAAAGUCUUAAAGAAAUGAGUAAACAUGAAAUGUUUGUUCAGAGCUGUCUUGACUUUGGAUUUAGUGCUUUACAUUUGGCAGCAAUAUCAGGUGUUCUUAAUCUUGAUAAAUUGCUUGGAAAGGGUCUUGAAGUUGAUCCAUUAACAGAAGAAAGAAGAACCCCAUUGAUGUUGGCAGCACAGAGUGAUAAUCUACCAGCUGUGAAAUGGUUCAUUGGACAUGGAGCAAACAUCCAAUCAUCUGAUAAAUUUGGUGUGACCUCUUUACAUUUAGCAACUGCUAAUGGACACUCUAAAAUAGUAGAGUAUCUUCUUACAGAAGGUGCAGAUGCUGAUGCAUUAGAUAGUACUGGUUUGACUUCAUUAAUGUUUGCGACAUAUUUUGAUCAUAAAGAAAUCAUUAGAAUUCUAUUGAGUAGUGGAUCUGAUACAUCCAUAGGAUCCAAAGCAGGGAUUUCAGUCUUACAUAUUGCAGCAUUUCAGAACAAUAAAGAUGUUAUUGCACUCUUUGUAUCCAAAGGCCUUCCACUGGAUGUUGCAACUGAAGAUGGUCGCACAGCAUUGAUGUAUUGUAUUCCUAAAGACUGUAAGGAGGCUUUGGGGACUUUAAUUUCUGCUGGAGCAGAUAUAAAUGCUACUGACAUGAAUGGAUGGACAGCACUUCAUUACUCUUGCAUUAUUGGAAAUGUCAAUAUGGCGUUGAUUCUUUUAGAAAAAGGUGCCAAUGUUAAUAUAGUGGCUCAGAAGACGCCAACAAAAGACAUUUUGGAAGAUGAGUUGAAACUAAACUCUUCAACCCCAGAAGAAGUUAAUAAAAACUUUGUUGGUGUACAGUGGACACCUCUGACUUUAGCUUGUGUGCUUAGCAAGGUAGAGGUUGUAAAACUGCUUCUCAGAUAUGAUGCAGGUGCUGAUGGCAAGGUACAAAAUGCUUUGUUAAGUUGUAUAGGGGGUGCUGUACUUCAGAAAUUUGGCUAUAAUCAUGAUGUUGAUAAUGGCAACUAUGCAGACAUUGUGAGCUUACUGGUUGGACAUGGUGCUGAUGUUGAUUGUAAAACAGAUGAUGGAAGUUCAAUGUUAAUGAUUGCAGCUACCCAUGGAUUAGAAAGCAUUGUUGUCAGACUUUUGGAGUUAGAAGCUGAUGUUUUGUAUAGAAAAGAGAGUAAUUCCACUGCUUUGGGACUAGCUUCUCGGAAUGGUCAAGAGAGGGUGGCUAAAAUUCUGCAAGACUGGAUUGUGAAAGUGCGACCACAGAGUCACAGCCGCGACAACUUUGAUGAAGUUGAUGCAGCAUCCGUUGGUCCAGAACCAGCCAUAGAAGUAAUUGAUCAAUUACAGUUUGCCAUUCAGGAUAUAAAUCGAGCCAUGAGUCAUAUGCAGGUUGCCAUGCGAACUCAGGUGUCACCAGGUGGAGAUCCAGCAAUUGCCACUUACACCUCUGCUCUUGGUUACCAACUGAAGAACUUUGGAAGCUUCCUUACUGGUCAAGUAGAUGAGGUUGACCCACAAAUUGAAGAACUUGCUAAUAACCUCGGUCCAGAGUGGAAGCAGUUGGCAAUGUAUUUAGGAUUUAACAGCUCUCAAGUUAGUCAGUUUGAUUCAAUUCCAGAGAAUAUCUCAAAAAGAAUUACAGCAAUGUUGAUGAGAUGGCAGAAUACAGUUGCAGAUAAACAAGAACGUGAUAGAAAUCUUUCAGCAUCACUUAGGUAUAGUAAUCGCUAUGAUCUUGCUGAAAAAAUCACAAAAACCGAGGUGCCAAGACCAAGUGAAAACAUUCUAAUGAGACUCUCCAAAAAUCUCAGCAAAGAAUGGACAGAUGUUGCUGUACAUUUGCGGGUAACUAGGGAUAAUGUUGAGCAGAUACGGAUGCAGCAUCAACGAGUUGAGGAUCAAAUUUUUGAGAUGUUAUUGGUAUGGGCUCGUGGACCGAUGCCAGACCAUUGGGAGUCAGUGCUUAGAUCUGCAUUAAACAAAUUAGAGCGAAACGAUUUAAUUGUAAUUCUAUCCGAACGUUAACAUGGCGUAAUGUGGUUUUCUACUGUAUGGUAGAUGUUACAGUAAUUGAAACCCAUUCCUGUCAUCAUUUUUGGACAUAGUUCUAUAGAGUAUUGCCAUCAAGUACCAUUCAUUCACAACAAGAUGUUGAUGUUACACUGUAGUUCAAGCCCAUUCCUGACAUUGCAUAUUCCAAGUUUUGAUUUCAGUGUGAUUUGUUUUGCUAUUAAAUAGGCAUAGAUACAUAUUCCUUUGCAUUGCAGUAUUAGUUCAGUAGUGUCCUUUUAAUAUUGAAUAUUAUGUUAUUAUUUGUACUGCAUAGUGCGAUAUUCAAUAUGUGUGGAUUAUUGUAAUAGUAGUGCACAUUUUGUUUUAAACUGCAAUUAACAAGAAUGGCACAUUUAAAAAAUGUUCAGAAGAUAUACAAAGCUGAACUUUAUUAUCAUAAUAGCUUUAAACCGUCCUAUAGACAGGUGAUUAUGGACAGACCUUUUGGCAAAGAUGAAGACGUACCCAUCACUGACAAAUGCUGAAUGGACACACUGGGAUCUGAGUUGGUACGCUACCUUGUAUAAGUGCACAAGCAACUUAAUCUAUAUUUUCUUAAGGAAUUUUAUACAAUGUCAAUACUGCCCAAUAGUUAGCCAUCACACGACAACGCCCACUCCCUAAGUUUCAUUAUGAGACCUAGUUAUUUUAAGUGUAACUGGACCCUGUGGGGAGGGAGCAUAUCUACUGAACAGGAUACCCAGUAUAGGAAGAACAAGAGCGACCGCUCACCGGUCCGGAUGUUCUUUUACUCUUAAAUAUGAUACAGGUGCAAGUUAAUAUAUUGGAGGUUUUGGAAGAGCAAAUAAGUUCAAACAUUUUUAAUAAUUAGGAUGUUCAUUUGUACACAAAAAUAUUAUUUAGAAUGUUCAUUUGUACAAGAUUAAAAUAUCUUAAAAUCAAAAAAACUAAAAUUUCUUAAAAUUGGGGGAAAAUAAUUGAAUACCAAGACGCGAUUCAAACUCACAACCUUAAGUUCUUUAGAAGAUAUUCUUAACCAACUGCCCCAUCCAUGGGAUGUGCCCUAUUUGUGGCAAUGGCAGUAAUGUACAGUCUUUCCUGAAACCCCUAUUUUGUUUUGUAGGUGUUGGGGGAACCCUGGGGCCCAACUUAAAGGGCGAUGAACGUUUGUUGGAAAUCACCUCUAGUUUAUGUGUAAAAAAUUUCAUGUACGUCCAUUCUAAACAACGCUGGGCGCUUUUGAAGUUUUUUGGUAACAAGAACAAGCACAGGAACAGGAACAGGGCUCUGGACCUGAAUUUAUCUAUCUGAACUUAGCAAAUGUCUUUAAGUCAAAUAAGUUAAGAUGCCCCUAAGCAAAUAUCUUAAGCUGAUUUAUUAAACUGAUUUAUUAAACCAUCUUAGUACAAUUUUAGCUUAAAAAUCGUCAUCGAUGGUGCAUGCGUACAAUCGUCUUUUUAAUUUUAAGCAAUCUUUAAGCUUAGUAAUAUUGAUAAAUCUGAUUUAAGCAAAAAAAUUGACUUAAGAUGAAUUUUAGCUAAUUUGUAGUUUGAUAAAUCCAGCCCCUGGGGUCAGCUCCUUGCACGGACCCAAACAAAUGAAAUAAAUAAAACCCAGACUAUAUACAAAAUCAACAACUCUUCACAUGGCCACACCACACGUAACAUGAGAACAUGAAUGCGUGCAGACGGGGGAAUGGGCUAGGCCAGGCUAGGCUAGACCAGGCCAGGCCAGGCUAGGGAACACAGUGAUGCUAAUUUGCCUUAAAAUGCAACAUGGAAUCCAAAAAUUGUGUUCUAAAGUCUCUUUGAUUGAUGGGUAAGAUUGUAGGAAGCUCAUCUUCGUAGGAAAUAAUUAUAAUCUGUAUUAUUUAUUGCUAUUAAUGGUUUUUAUUUUGUGAUGUCCAAAUACUGACUAGUACUUUGAUACUUAUAUUGAAAUAGUACUUAUAAAAUUAAAUUCAGUUGACAUUAUUAAGUAUUAAGCAACAGAGAUUAAGUGAUAUAUUACAAUGUGAAUAUAUAUUCUGAUAAUAUGUAUGUGAUUAAUGCUCAAGUAGUUUUACUGAAAGUCGCAUUAAAAGUUAACUAAUAAGACAUAACUACUGUAUACCAAAAAGGCGAUGAAUGAUGUGACCAUUCAAAGACACUUUUGAGAGACACUUCACACACAUCAAUUCUGUAUAUAAUUUUUGUGCAAAAGUAUGAGUUCAUUGAUCCAAUUAAAAAAGUGCAUUAGAAUUCCA